AUGACCCAAACACAACAGCCAAAAGUCGCCAUCAUCGGUGCUGGUCCUGGCGGCCUCACUUUGGCUCGUUUCCUUCAUCUCGCCAAUAUCCGCUUCACGAUCUUUGAAUCGGACCAGUCGGUAGACUCUCGCAGGGUCACUGGCGGCAUUCUUGAUCUCCACAAAUCGACGGGACAACGGGUCAUCAAGGAGGCAGGCCUUUGGGAAGAAUACGAAAAACAUGUCUCCUAUGAGGCAGAGGAUCUCAUCAUUGCUGAUCGAAACAAUCAAAUUUUGCUAGACUCCAAAGGCCAAACUAAAGGACGGCCUGAGAUUGACCGACCAGCAUUGCGUGACUUGCUUUUGUUCUCUAUCCCGCCAGAGAACAUCCGCUGGAAUAACCGCCUCAAGCAUGUGGAUGAGGAUGGAACCUUGCAUUUUGCCCAUGGAAAGGAGUCCGGCUAUGAUCUGAUCGUGGGUGCAGAUGGUGUUUGGUCCAAGGUUCGCCCAGUCGUCAGCCAGAUCGCACCGUUUUAUUCUGGCACCACAGGGUUCGAGCUCUGGAUUACCAACCCAGUUGCAAUCGAUGAGGAUAUGGAUUCCAUGCUAGGCAAUGGCUCCUACUUUGUGUACGGAGGAGAUGAUCGGGUCUUGAUGGCUCAGCGCCAAGGAGACCGCUCGGUCCGUGUUUAUGCCUUCAUCCGCAGGCCUGAAAGUUGGAUGAAGACUGGUGGUCUGGACUUCACCAACCGCCAUGCCAUCAAAGGCUUCCUCCUCGAUGAAUUCAGAGCCUGGAGUCCGGAGCUUCUGCGACUGAUCUCUAAUUGUGACGGCGAAAUCAUCCCCCGUCCGCUAUACAUGUUUCCCGUUGGCAUUCGCUGGCCACACAAGGAACGCUUCACUCUUUUGGGAGAUGCAGCCCAUGCCAUGACACCCUUCGCAGGUGAAGGCGUUAAUACCGCCAUGUUUGAUGCCUACAAGCUCGCACAAGCCAUCAUCGCAACUCCCCGGGAUCUCGACCACGCAUCUAACAUCUAUGAGAAGGGCCUGUUCCCUCGCGCUACCAAGGUUCAACAGGCAACUUGGGAGGAGCUCCUCUGGACGUUUGAGAAAAAUGCAGGCCCUCGCCUAGCAGAUCGGAUUACUUACUUGAUUGAUAUGCAUAGCAAAGGUCUCCCUGUUACGGAAGGCAUGGGAGCAGAUAACUCCAUGGAUGAUUAG